CUAAUACCGUAAGUGAUAACGUGGCCUUGCAAAAAGUCUGCGAUAAAACGUCGGCUAGUGUAGCAAAUUUAAAAGCAAGUUAUGAUGGCGAUGUUGAAAAUAUGUGUAUUUAUUCUGUGCUCACUUUCGCUUACCUAUUCAGAUGUGGAGGCUGUUCCUGGUAAAAAGACAAAACAUGAAAAUAAGGGUGAUGUGCAGUUGGCAACAAAAGAUGAUAUAAGAAAUGUUCUGGAAUUAAUGAAAAUUCAGGAACAAAAAAAUUCUAAACUUGAGAAAGAAGUGAAAAUUAGGGAUAAAGCUUUGGCCCGUCAUGGCGCAGCGAUGAUGAAACUGGAAAGAAUUGUCCAACGACAGUCUCAGAAGAUAUCUAAACUAGAGCUUGAUGCGAGCGAAAGAAGCGUUAAACUGAAAUCAAAACUGAAAUCUUUCGAAGAAAAAUGUAAUUUGAACUGUUGUAAAUUUGACGGCAUUGUUUCAAAUUAUUCUAACACCAUGGAUAGCAAAUCGAUUUCGCAAUUUGAAUCGAAAGAGGCCGCAAAGAAAGGACACCCAGACCAGAUGAUGAAAAAACGUGUACCGGACAGAGAAUUUAGAAGAGGUCUUUUCUCAAGGCAGACAGCCAGUGGCCAUGUGUCUUUCUCUGUAUACUUAUCUCACUUACAAGAACAUUUAGGAGUACAUCAAGUCGUCAAGUUCGACAGAGUAAUUACAAACGACGGAAACGCUUACAACAUGCAUACCGGUGUGUUCACCGUACCAGUGACCGGAACCUACAUGUUUAUUUUCUACGUCAGCUCUUCUACUUCCAAUGUUCAGUUUAAUUUGGUCGUUGACGAUUCCAUAAAAGCGUCCGGAGUGGCCAAACCAUCUCCUUUAGGACAGAGCCAAGAUGUUCAAGGCGGAGGUGCGGUCAUCCUUAAGUUGAACCAAGGGGUUUUAGUAUGGAUAGAGAAUGAAGAUAGCAACAGUGAAGUAUACAGCACUGCCUAUUACAGAUGGGUGACAUUUUCUGGAUUUUUAGUGUAUUAAAAUCGAGUCAUUAAAUUUCCCUAUAUCAGACUGCUUAUGAUUUAGUGACUUAUUCUCACCAUUUGUUGAGACCACUUUUGUUGUAAUGACCUUACACUUGCAUGUAAUAUGCAGGGUAAAUGUCAGACAAAAAAUUCACGUUCAAAGAAUGCUGCCGCCCAUAUAAGCAAAGAGUAAAUACAAGAGUCUUAUCUUUUAUAUAUACAAUUAUUACUUUUUUUUCAAAUUCUAGCUUUUAUUCUUUAUCAUAUACUGCUUUAAAGGCU